AUGAGGACAAUUCUAUUAGUAGCUCUUUUGAGCAUUUCAGGUCUUAGCGCCUUCACCUUAACCAGAGACGUCCCAAAAGAUGUCGUUGCUCAAGUUUUACCAAUCUUGGGUGGAGAAUCCCCUGAAGAAGCCCCAACAGCCGAAACUCUUCCAAUCAUUGGUGGAGAAACCCCAUCUUUAGAGAUCGGAAAUCUCCCAUCGCUUGGAGAUCUUUUCCCUGUUAUAGAUGAAACUGAGUCUUUAGUUCCGGUGAAUCCCAUCAUUGAAGGUGGCGAAACCCCAACGAUCGAAGUUGGAAAUCUCCCAUCGAUUGGAGAUCUUUUCCCAAGCAUUGACGAAACUGGAUCUUUAGUUCCAGUAAACCCCAUCAUCGAAGGUGGCGAAUCCCCAACCAUUGAAAUCGGACACUUACCAUCCAUCGAUUGGAGUUUAAUUCCAUGCCAAAUUCCAGAAGACAUCUUGAAACCACUUCCAAUCCCAAUCGAACCAGAAGAAAUCGAAGUUGUUCCAUCUCCACUUCCACUCCCAAUUAAUCCAGGAGAUUUCGAACAAGGAGUUGAAAUCAAUCCAAACCCACUCCCACUUCCAAUCGAACCAGAAGAAAUUGAAGUUGUUCCAUCCCCACUUCCACUCCCAAUUAAUCCAGGAGAUUUCGAACAAGGAGUUGAAAUCAAUCCAAACCCACUCCCACUUCCAAUCGACCCAGAAGAUGGAAACAUCCAAAUCAACCCACUUCCUCUUCCACUUCCACUUCCAGAAGAAGAAGUCGAGUACAUCGAACAACUCCCAAUCGUGAUCAAACCACAACCUCUCCCACUUCCAAUCAACCCAAUCGUACCUGAAAUUGAAGUUGAAUUGGUUCCUGAACCAGUAGUUCCAGAAAUGCCAGAAAUCGAAUGGUUGCCAGAACCAGAAGGUGGAAACACUUUACCAGUAAACCCCUUACCAUUACCACUUCCAAUCGACCCAAUCGUACCGGAAAUGCCAGAAAUUGAAUGGUUACCACAAGUUGAAAAUUGCGAUGAUGAUGAUGAAGAAGAUCACGAUGAUGUUAAAAUCAUCACUCCUGGAUUUUCCGGACAAACUAUUAUUCGUUAA